UUGAAAAUUUCUAACGACCCGUUAAGGGUAUAUAAAUAUAAAAUCUAUGAACGAAAUCUUAUUGCAUGCAUUAUUUAAGGCAGAAAAUAUCUGCGUUGAAGACAAGUAUGUCUUCUGCAGUGGUGUUCUCGGUGUUAUCGCUGUUUUGGCAAAGUGUUCAUUGUACAGUUUUCCCACCAGUUAGUAAUCCCCCACCGAUUCCAGGUCAAGAUUUUAGGACAUUGGAUAUCUCGGGACAACAGUUUUAUGUCCAAGAUGAUUUACAGGCUGGUAUCCCACAAACUGUGAUUAAAGAGGACAGGUUUUUUUCACCAACUUUUGAAUCUAAGCCUGAUGAUCAGUGGUUUGUUUCGGAUAACGAAUCGGUUGCUAGAGACUUCCCAACAUCAUCAGAAGCCUUUGAAAGACUUUAUGCUAAUGGGAUGCCUGCUAUAGGACCUGUUGCCACUCCUCCUCCUGACGAUAAUUACAUUGCACAGUCCACCGGAACUUCGAAGAUACUUCCAGAUACUGUGGGUAAUUUAGAUUCUGGUGUUUUCGUUCUAACCAAAGGACCAAACAACCAGUUUAUAACAGAGCGAUGGAUACCAGUGCAAGUACCAGCUUCAAAAACAAUUGAUAUUGUUAAUCCUGGAGAAAACCCCACUAUAGUACCUGGAAACUUACCGUCAGCAGUACCAGUAAAAGGCUUUCCUAAAAGUCAAGGAGUCCCCGCUGAUAAUUUAAAUAUAGGUCAACAAGUAUGGAUUCGUGUACCGGCAUCUGCAGCGUUACAGAAAGGAUAUGCGAAUGUGCCUACAGUAGUCGAUAACAUGCCUGAAGUUAAAGAAGUUGUAGACGUUAUUCAGCCAAGCAUUAAACAAAACAUUCAACCUCAACUUGUUAAAGGCUUCCCAACUUUUCCCUCUGCUCCACCACAAUCUCCUGCAAUGGUUAUAAAUAAAUCACCUAUCAAUGCGAUUCCACCACCUCCAUCUACAAUUGUAACGAAUAAAUCCCCAUCCUUUGUAGUUCCACCUCCUCCCCCUCCAAUAAUGAAAAGCAUAGAUAUCGGAAAUGCCAAAGGUACGGUUAUGGUAAACCCAACAGUUUCAACUAUUGUAGAUAAAGGAGGCUUCGUGGGUGGGAAGGGUACAGUUGCUCAACAAGUAAAACAUAUUUGGAUACCAACUUCACAAAAAACUGGAAAUUUCAUAACUGUUCCUGCUGGAGGUGCAAUUAAUGAAAACCAGCCAAUCAUAUCAAAAGGUUUGCCUCCAGAUGCAGUGCCACCAAUGUCAGUUUCAGAAACGUGGGUCCUUAAAGAUGAUGGAGUUCUUCCGAGAUUUGAACAGCAAAAAACAUUAUUUCCUGUACAGAAUGUAGGUAAAGAAAAAACCAUUGUUGCAGACCCACCAGUCUUUGUUGAUUCACCAAAGGGUGUACCAACAAUCGGUAAAUCUGUUGAUACGGUUAUGACCCAAGAUAUUUGGCCACAGAAAACAGAUAUGAUAGAUGGUAAGACUUUAGUAAAGUCUGGAUUACCACAGCAAGUUUUUCCCGUACAAAAAUCCAAUGGUGUCGUAGUCGAAAAAGCAGUUCAAAUGCCUCCUCAAAAUGUACAAAAUGUUUUACCCAUGACCAAAGUUGUACCUAUGCUUCCACCCCAACCAAAUCCUUUUAUACCAUCAUCCCCAAUGGCGACACUUGUAAAAGGUAAACCACCAUGUCCAAUUACACCUCAGACUGCAAUAAUGCAAGGAAAACCACUUCCAUAUCCAGCCUAUUUACCCAACAGCGUUCAAAGACAGCCCAUGGCACGAAUUAUUCGAAUGAAUCGUUAUCCAUUCGGAUCAUACUACGUUGUAAAUCCAAGAAUGAGACCAAACUUAUACCCGCUUCCCAGGCAAGCAACAAUAAUUAAACAGGUGAAUAAUAGAAUCGUCCGAAUAAUCCCUUCUUCUUCCCUACCUUUAACUAUGCCGCGAAGAGUUACAUUACCAAUUCGUCAAAUGGCUCUUCCAGUGACUGCAGGUAAAACAAUGAUGCCGAUGUCAAGAAUUUUAUAUCCACCUGUUCAAGCUGUUGGCAGAAUAAGGUAUGCUUUCCCGUGGGGUGGAUAUUUAAAUGCCUUGCCAGCAUACGGUAGGACUGCUUCACCUUCAAGGCCUGCAAAGCAAGUGGGAAUAGAAAGUAGCUCUAGCUCUAGUUCAUCAGAGAGUGCAGAAAGCAGAGAGGUUCCAGUCAAAAGAAAACCAAAAAAGGCAGAAAAACCCAAAGAAAAAAUUAAAAUUAUCAAAUUAGAAAGCGAAGAAGCACCCAUAGAAAGCUUAGAAACGAUUGAAUCCAUUGAACCAGAAAGUGAAAUAGUAGUAGAACCAGAGCCUGAACUUGAGACAGCCGAAUCAGUUGCAUCUGAAACUGAAAGUGAAGCAGUUGAAGCGGAUACUACUGAGGCGGCACCUGAGCCUGAAGCAGAAACAGAAGCUGAAGCAACAGAUAGCUUAGAUAUAGCUGAAAGUCAAUUCAUUCACAAUAUUGCACCUAGGUCGUACUUAGAUUUUAACUAUGAAAAUAUUAAAAAUUUGGGCCAACCUUAUAGAUUUGGUUAUGAAAGGCGAGAAAGACCUAGCACGUUUCUAGCUCAAGAAACACCUGAAUUAAAUGGGAGUGUCUUAGGUAGAUAUACAUACAAAGAUGAAAAUGGAAUUUAUCGCAACAUUGCGUACGUUUCAGAUGCUGACAGCUACAAAAGAGAACUUUUGAACAGUGAAUCAAAACUAAGCAAUCAGAAAAAAGUUGCAGAAAACCUUGGUAAGGAGCACAAUACAGAGGUCUCGUCAAAACCAUUAGAAAAUGUUUCGGAAUCUCCAUUACCUUUUAAUAUAGCUUUUAAUCUUCAAAGAGACUAAAUAUUACUUACCGUAACUGAAAAGUUUUUAAUAUUACAGACCACCAUUACCGUUUAACAUAUAGUUGCAGACUACCAUUAACUCUUACUCUAAAUACAUUAAUGUUAUUUUUAAAGAUUGCCAUUUUUUUAAUAAAAUAACAAUAACUUUAAAAACGCUUAUAACAUUUUGAAAAAAAAUUACAUUUCAUUGCUGAUAGUUGUUGAAUGCUCAACUUAGCUUUACACUGCCAAAUAACCUUUUUUUACUGAGAUCAACUGUUUUUUUUUUCUUAUCAAUGUUGCAUUUGUUUGUACACAUUAUUUGUACGUAAAAUGAUGUACAUCAUACGAAUUGAAUAAUCAUUUGCAUGUAUUUUAAAUAUAAUACAAAUCAUGUUCACAAUAAAUGUUAUAUUUUAAA